UACAAGCUUCACCCCAUGCCUGGCCACACCCCCACACACUUAACUCAUCUGCAGCCCCAUCUUUUCCCCACUGUCGACGUCCCUGACCAUGCUCACUACAUCAUCGGCUCAGUCAUCCUGUUGGUGGGGAUGAUAGGCAUGCUGGGAAACGCUCUGGUCAUCUAUGUCUUCUGUCGCAGUCGAACGCUGCAGUCCCCCAGCAACCUUCUAGUGGUGAACCUGGCGGUGGCAGACUUCCUCAUGUCUCUGACACAGUCUCCAGUCUUCUUCGUGGCAAGCCUGCACCGCCGCUGGGUGUUUGGGGAGCUCGCCUGUGAGCUGUAUGCAUUCUGUGGUGCUCUGUUUGGCAUCACCUCCAUGAUGACACUAACGGCCAUUGCAGUGGAUCGCUGUCUCGCCAUUACACGGCCACUGGCCCUGCUGGGCGGGGUGAGUCGUGGCCGGGUCUUGGCAGUUUUGACUGGGUUGUGGUUGUACUCUCUCGGCUGGAGUCUGCCACCAUUCUUUGGGUGGAGUGCCUACGUCCCCGAAGGCCUGCAGACGUCCUGUAGCUGGGACUACAUGAGCUUCACUGCCACGGUGCGUGCCUACACCAUCUUGCUAUUUGCCUUUGUCUUCUUCAUCCCACUCGGUUUGAUCGCCGGCUGCUACUUUGCCAUUUUCCGGGCAGUACGGCGGGCAGGGUGGGAGAUGGAGCAACUUAACAGUGGUGAAACCAACAAGGCGUACGAGCGUCUGCGUGGCGAGUGGCGUUUGGCUAAAGUGGCUCUGGGAGUGAUCCUGCUGUUCAUCAUCUCCUGGUCACCAUACUCUGCAGUUGCAUUGACUGCCACAGCUGGCUACGCCCACCUUCUGACACCCUACAUGAACUCAGUUCCCGCUGUCAUUGCCAAGGCCUCUGCCAUUCACAACCCCAUCAUCUACGCCAUCACACACCCAAAGUACCGUGCUGCCAUCGGCAGGUACAUCCCCCUGCUGCGCCCUUUGCUGCGGCUGCAGGACAAGGACCUCCGUUCGUCUCUCAGCUCCAGUGGCGCUUUGUCUCGUCGAGCCACGCUCACCAGUCAGAGCUCGCCAGGAAACCGGCUCAGUGCAGGUGUCCGGACUGAUGGCGGCUGGAGGAAGAGCCGGCUUUCAUCAGUGUCAGACAGCGAGUCAUGCUGGACGGAAAGCGAAGCUGAUGGAUCUGGUGUCAGCCAACAGGUGUCCUCUGAUGUCACCGCUGACAUCAUCAGCAACACUGCACCAACAGUUGACUCUGACUCACCUGAUGGAGGCACUGCAGCUGAGGGUAAACCUCUGCUUCCUCUCUGACACCUGCUGUACAUGUGGCCCCACCCCCUUCACAUGCCGUGAUGACACAAUUUAAAAAAGGACAAAACUGAAGAAGAAGAAAUGGUUUAUGACUGAAGGUAUUGAUUGGAAGUAGAGAAACAUACUGGGGGCAGAGCUGGACUUUUUUGGCCAUAGCUGAGCUGAUGCAAUUUUUUUUCUUUGAUUGAUCAAUACAUGUAUUUAUUGGUGCUCAGACCUCGUUGUUUCUGUCACUGCUGCUCAAACAUUUGUUAAUCUCCUGUUGUACCUCCUCCUCUCAUUCUGUCCUUCCCCUCCAUGCUCUGCACAUCCUUUUUCUGCUUCCUCUUUGCCUUUCCUUUCUUUCCUUCCCUGCCUUUUUGUUUCCCUCCUUCUGCCACCCUUUUCAUACAUCAUUUUUUUUGUCUCCUUCUCUACCUCC